UCAAGUUACGAUACAAGUUACUAAACAUAUAAAAUUCAUUACACGGCUUUUUAAUCGUGUUAAAAAAACAUGAUACAACAGAAACUUUGCAAAAUAUCUUCUUGUAAAAUGUUUGCAUAUGUAAGUAUUUUUUCUGGGUAAAUAGUUAGGCCAGAACAAAACAUGCCCUUGAUUUAAGUGUAAACUUUGGGAUGCUAAAAAUUAAUAAUAAUUACAAUCCUUAGGACACUUUCGUCAUUUUAUUAAAUCCGUGGGUAGCAUGGUCAACUAAUUUGAACUUCAAAAGGGAAUUAAAUUCUUUUAAAAAAAACCAUGGACCGUCUCAUCGGUUCCUUGCAUGUUAACUUUAUCCCAGUUCCCCAUUAAAAGCCCAACCAUUUCAAAAUUCAAAUACAAAGUAGAUACAUUUUAAGGAGUAAAGCAGCAAACCCACGUAACCAUGCCCCCAUUAAUAGCCUCCAAGCCAUUAAAACUUCCUCUUUCUUAGGCUCCCAGCAUUCAUCUCUCUCUGCACCUUCCCUAUCAAUAACUGCAAAACAGCUCCUCCAAGUAGAAGGUAAAGAAAGCAGGGAAGAAGAUACAGGGGCAAAAGCAUGGGUUGUGUAUCUUCAAGGUUAACAGGACCAGAGCUAGGAGGCGAUGAUCUCAAAGGCCACAUUGUUUCUCUCACCUCCACAACAUAUGGCCUCGUCACCCUUGAUUACCCAUCUCCAAAACCAUCAUCCCCUUUUACCCUCACAUUCGCGCCUAGUCUCCCACUAAUGUCCUCAUCACCCAUUCUUAACAAUCCUGAAUCAGAAGUCAUCAACACCUGGGAGUUUAUGGAUGGCCUAUCCGAUACCGAUAGCUUCAGGUUCUCCCCCUUACCUGCACUCUCACCAUCUCCUUUCAAAACCCCGAAAAGUGGUGGAAGUUUAGGCAAAGAGAACGCAUGCAACCCCUUCUUGGCAAACUCUCGGUAUCCACCAUUUCAGCCAACAGAGAUCCUAAAGGACUCGAACAGUGGCCCUCUCUUUGAUCCCGAGCUUCUGGCUUCCUUGGAGAGAGAAAUGAUAAAGGAGAAUCGAGAGAAUGAGGGAUCAAAAACUAAGAGAGAGAAAGGGGGCAAGAACAAGGGUUUCCCUGAAAAUGCAGUGGUUCUUUAUACAACAACAUUGAGGGGAAUUCGGAAGACCUUUGAGGAAUGCAAUAGGGUUAGGACUGUGCUUGAGGGCCUCGGUGUACAGUUAGUUGAGCGUGAUAUUUCAAUGGAUUCGGGGUUCAGAGACGAGCUCGCUACUCUCAUGGGUGGAAAGCCGAUGGUCCCUAGAGUCUUUGUUAAGGGGGUUGACAUCGGUGGAUCAGAAGAUGUGCUAAGGAUCCAUGAGGAAGGCCAGCUCGUGAAAUUGGUAGAAGGGGUGCCCAAGGCUCGAGCCACAAGGACUUGCGAUGGGUGUGGUGGGGUUCGUUUUGUGCCAUGUUUUGAUUGUUGCGGGAGUCGUAAGAUUGUUGAAGAGCGAGGGAAAGUGCUCAGAUGCUCUGAAUGUAAUGAGAAUGGGUUGAUUCAGUGCCCCAUUUGUUGCUAAAUCUAACCUUUCCCAAAUAGCUACAAUAUGGCACUGUUAAAAUGGAGCCACUGGGUUUGUUUUCCUUUGCCUUUUGUUUCUUUUCUCAUAACUUCGUAUCAGGUUGUAACUCUUUGAAUUUUAAAGUGCACAUCAUUGUAAGAUAAUAUCAUAUCACAUUUAAACUUCUUGUGAUUUUUGGU